CAGCAGUAGAGGAAGUGGCAACAGCCAUUUUAGUUGCUGCAUGCUUUCUGCAGCUCUCUGCUCAUGUCAACCAUGGAGCAUUGACAUAACAGAAAGACCGUUCAAGCUCAGCUUUGCUUUAAGGCGGGGGAGGAGGGGGAGGUGCAGAUGCUGCUGUAGCCAUGGUGACGCUGAGUUUCCUGAUGGAAGACGAGAGCCGAGACGACAGGUCACCUCUGCUGCUCGAGGCCCCAGCCAGCACAGCGCUGGCUGCUGUCCCCCAGAGAUGCCCGGGGGGGUCACACCUGGACACGUUCCUCCUCAGCAGGAGGAAUAACCUCGGCCUGAGUCUGGCGCUGCUGCUGGGGUGCUACGCGGCUAUUCUGGUCCCUGCCUACUCCCACGCAGACAGGCUGGCCCCUAUGGACGACGGCCCACCAGCGCCUCCACACCUGGUCCCUGCCUACUCCCACGCAGACAGGCUGGCCCCUGUAGACGACGGCCACCCAGCGCCUCCACAUCUGGCUCUCCUCAACCUCUCAGCUGACCUUCUGUCGGGGCCCUGCCUCCCACAAUGGGGUCGGGAUCGCCUGAGGACCUUGUCCUGCUCUGGGGGCCUCCUGGGGCUGGCCCCUGUGUUCGUGGAGGGGCCGCAGGAGGAGGUCGAGGGGGGGGGGGGGAGACGGGCACCCUGGGAGCUCCCCCCUCCGCUGGGUCUCCGGGGCAGCGAGCGGCAGGCGGCCCGCGCUCUGGCCUCGCUGCCCCGGCCCGGCCGCCCCCCCUGGCUGCAGGGGGGGGGGUGCAGGCGCUGCGUGGUGGUGGGCAGCGGGGGGGUGCUCCACGGCAGCCAUCUUGGCUCCUCUAUCGAUCAGUAUGAUGUCAUCAUCAGGCUGAACGCGGCUCCGGUGGGGUGCUUCCAGAGAGACGCGGGGUCCAGGACCACCAUUCGCCUGGUGUACCCCGAGGCAGCGCCCGCCUCCCCUGAGGAGUACCGGACCACCAGCGUGGUGGCCCUGGUGGUCUUCAAGAGCCUGGACCUGGACUGGCUGACCUCGGUGAUCACCAAGAGACCUCUGAGCUUUUGGUCCAAGUUGUGGUUCUGGAGGAAGGUGGUCGAGGAGAUCCCCCUGACCGCAGAACACUUCCGGAUCCUGAACCCGGAGAUUAUUCACCAGACAGGACGGGCUCUGCACAGCUACGCGCCCAGCGGGGGAACGAGGGUGCCCACCCUGGGGGCCAGCGCCGUGGUGCUCGCCCUGCAGCUGUGUGACCAGGUCAGCCUGGCGGGGUUCGGCUACGACCUGAGGCACCCAGGGGCCCGGCUCCACUACUACGAGGCCCUACGCAUGGACGCCAUGAAGGGCCAGGUACGAGACCUCAGCAUGGACGCCAUGAAGGGCCCGGUACGAGACCCUACACAUGGAGGCCAUGAAGGGCCCGGUACGAGGCCCUACGCAUGGACGCCAUGAAGGUCCAGGUGGUGCACGACAUCGGCUCUGAGAAACUCUUUCUCAGGGAUCUGGUUUCGUCGGGGGCUGUGACUGACCUUACAGGAGCGCUAUGAGCCCGUGGCGAGGAGAGAGCGAAGCGAGGGAGACACACACAAGUCGACACAAUGACAACGACAGGACACUCGGCCACCGGGAGAGAACAACGUAUAAACACACCACGCUGACCUUUACCGUGCAGAGGGCUGCAGACAGCAUUGGAUUAGGAGACAGAGGGGAGGAGGGCAGAAUGUUGGUGUUUGUAGAUUUACUCUUGAAUUAUUAACCAGAUCACUGCACUUCUACCAGCUUCACAUUAUCUUCUUUAGAACAUUUAUGCAUUUUAGGUAUAAUUAAGGAUGGCAUUCUUUAUGAUAUCCUGGUUGGAUUUAGUAAGAUUAAACACAUAUAUGAUAAUUUUCUUUUACAUGAUUAUUAUAUAUUUUUAUAAAUACUAUCCAAAUAAUAAACGCUUUUAAGAAAA